AGUUUUCUAAAGCUGGUUGAAAUCUGUGGUUCUCCCUCACAUGUAAAUCUCCAUCCCUACAUUGAUGGCUGGUGGUCUAAAGAGAGAUAACGUUCGUACAGAUAAUAAAGAUUUGGUCCUUCUCUCCAUAACCUUUGUAUGCACUGUGAUAUGGACUGUAUGGACGAGGGACCCAAACGGUUAAUUAAGUAUGAUAGAGGGUGAAAGUACAAGUAUAUUGGAGUAUGUAGCAUUUACGGGGCGGGAACGGACUACAGUAUACAUGCCGAUGUUUUUUAUUAGUGUGUAAUCACCUAAAAGUAAGAGUUGCGUGCUCAUUUGCUUAGAUUGAGCCAUUUAUAUCUACAUAUGGAGCGGGUCCUCCUUCACGGAGUCCUUCACAUUGCUCAGCUGUGUUUCUACAGUAGCCCAGAGCGGACAAACCAAACCAAAGAGUGGCUGUAUAUAGGGUCAUUCGCGUUUUUACGUCAACGCCACAGCUUGUAUACGGAAGACUUAAGAGGGAGAAAGGAGAGUGGUUGCUGUGUGUGACAAGCGUGACAGCCAAAGUUUUGAUAAUGGGGGACCACACAUAUUAUUUAGCGCAAGAAAAGGCAGCGGAGCGUGUACCCUCGCUGUCAAAGAAGCGUAAACACGAGGAAGCCAAAAGAAGGCGGGACAGGCGAAGACAGAGAACAAGGAUUAACAUUGGGGUGGCAUUUCACAGAUGGAAAUUGCUGAUGAAUGACAAAUGUUUUCAAAGUGAUGCCGAGGUCGCCUGCUUUCUGCUUGACAGAUGGAGAGAGCUUCGUGACAAACUGGAACCACAAAAAGAAGUUCAUCUCGCAUGUGUUUUAUCAGACAGUUAUGAAAAGAUAUCCUCAAUAUCGCUGAGCUGCACUUGCAUGCAAAAGCCUCCUGCACCAUCAAGUCUGGGACAUGUAUCAGCCUCCGAAAGUUUUGAGGAGAUGGACGUCACCAUUGACGAGGAUGAAUGCAACAGCAACGACAGAAUAUCUGACUUGGAUGAUGAUAUGGAAAACAUCACAGAAACAACUGAACUGAGAUCUGCAGGAGCAGAUAACAGCUGUGAUGAAGAAGUCUACGUACCACUAAUGCCUCAGAGGUCCACGGCAUCUGAAUUUUUACUGGAAUGUGAAGAGGAGGAGCUGGAGCCAUGGCAGAAACGAACAUCACAAGUACGAGUGAAAGAAGAGGAUGAUGUUGGAGAGUUGACUGUAGAUUGUAAGCCAGAGCCUUCACCUCUUCAGAUAGAUGCAGUGAAUUCUUCACCACCUGUGCUGAAAACAGAAAGCCCACAGCCUGAUGUCUUCAACAACCAAGAAUUCACUGCAGCUUCUCCACAAUUAACGAGCAACACUGAGUUCACUGGCUCUCUCGGGACACAGCGUCCUCCUGGGAAUUCAUUUGCAAUAGUUCCAGCUGGUCACCAGCACAUUUUCCAAAAUGUGGCUACAGCCACAGUAACACCUGAGGUGCAGCAAAUCAGCAACAACCCUGUGUCCUUACCCUGUGUCCAGGGUCAACAUCGGGAGCCUCUUUGUGACCACUUACAGGAACGCAUUUGCGAUGUCACAAUGGACCUCAAACUUGAGCAGAGAGCAAACAUUGAACACUGUGUCAGACUCGGAAAAUCUGCAAGGGAGACCCUUAAAAUGCUUAAGAAGGCUUACGGCAAUGAAGCAAUGAGUCGGGCAAGGUGUUUUGAAUGGCAUUCCCGUUUCAAGAGGGGCAGAACGUCACUGGAGGACAACGAGAGGUCAGGGCGACCCUCUACAAGCACAACCCCCGAAAAUGUCCAAGAAAUCGAACGGCUUGUGCGUCAGAAUCGCCGGAUCACCAUCAAGGAAAUUGCUGACACCGUCAACGUGUCAUUUGGAACAGUUCACACAAUCCUCACAUCCAAUUUGAACAUGCACCGCAUCGCUGCCAAGCUCAUGCCCAGGGUCCUGACUCCAGAGCAGAAGCAGCACCGUGUUGAAGUCUGUGAAGAUCUCUAUCAACAGGCCCAGAAUGACCCGACCUUCAUGUUAAGGAUAAUCACCGGUGGCGAAAGUUGGAUCUACCGCUAUGACCCAGAGAGCAAACAGCAAUCUUUGCAGAGGACAGGCCAGCAGUCUCCAGGAAUGAAGAAGGUGUAUCAAGUCAGGCGCGUGACCAAGAGCCUACUCAUUGUUUUCUUCGAUAUUCGCGGGGUUGUGCACCAUGAAUUCAUUCCCCAGGGCGAGACUGUCAACGCUGAGUUCUACUGCACCGUCCUGAAGCGUCUGAGGGAGGAUAUUCAGCGCAAACGACCUGGACUGUGGCGAGAUGGCAAUUGGGUUCUUCAUCAUGACAACGCGCCUGCUCACAGUGCAUUGAGAACGCGUGAGUUUUUUGGCUGCACCAACACAAUUGUGGCUCCCCACCCCUCUUAUUCACCAGAUUUGGCUCCUUGUGACUUCUUCCUCUUUCCAAAACUGAAAUCCAAGCUGAAGGGCCAUCGUCUUGACACAGUGGAGGAGAUCCAGAAUGAGUCGCAGGUGGUGCUCGACUCGCUUACAGAACGGGAAUUCCAGGAAGCGUUCCAAGCGUGGCAGGAGCGCUGGGAGCAGUGUAUCACUGCACAAGGUGACUAUUUUGAAGGGGAUGGCAGCCAAAUUAGGCAGGCAGAAACUCAGAGCCUGUACUCCACACUCAGGAAGCAGUCUUUGUCCCAACAUCCAUCUCUCAGGUCAACAAUGUCAGAACUUUUUAUGGAAUGUGUCGAGGAGGAGCUAGAGCCAUGGCAGAAACAAGUUCCUGAAGUUCAGUUGAUAGAGGAUGAUGAUGAUGAACCCAUCUUUGUUGGAGUGCUCUCCAAUAACCAAAAGGAUGGUAAGCCUAACCCUCCACCACCUCAGAGAAACACUGCAGGAAAACCAGAAAUAAAGCAUCCUGGUCCUCAGCCUGUCAUUGGCCCUUCACCAAUAAUGCUGCCACUGAAUAUUGCUGGAAAUGCAGUGCGUACUGCAGCACCCACUCUGACAACAGUGAGCCCGCAGCCUGUUAUUGUCAAUAACCAGGGCUUUAUUGUCACUUCUCCACAAUUAGCAAACAGCAGUGAGUUUAUUGCCUCUCUUGGGACACAGUACCCCCCAGGGACAUCAUUUGCAAUCGUACCAGCUGGUCAGCAGCAGCUUUUUCAGCGGGUCAGUCCUGCCACAGUAAUACCUGGUGCUGUCCACAGGCCUCAGGUUCAGCAAAUCCGUAAUAACAUUGUGACGUUGUCAAACGUCCAGAGCCCUGCUGUGUACUCAACACAGUCUGCUCAGCUGCAACCCAAUCUGACAAACACCCAGUCACUUCAGAUCUUCAGUGGCGCCAACAGAGCUCAAAGUACAGUCAAACGUGCACUGCUGCCACAGAAAACAGACUGCGUAGUGAAAAGAGCAAAACUGGAUUUGGUGCCGGCAAAAGUAACUGUCAAAGUGGAAAACGGGAUCUUAAAGAAAAAGUGCUCCAAGUGUCAAGAAGAAUUCCUUACACCAGAAGCCCUGAACUCUCAUAUUAUAAAUUGCAGUACAAAAGUUGAAAGUACGACUCCAUCAAGCCUGAACCCGAGCCCAAACAAGCGCAUCAUGCUUGUCUCAGAUUUCUACUACGGCCACUUUGAGGGAGAUGGGUACAAGGAGGUGCAGAAGACAAACACCACAUUCAAGUGCCAGAGCUGUUUAAAGGUUCUCAAGAACAAUAUCAGGUUCAUGAACCACAUGAAACACCACCUGGAGCUAGAGAAGCAGAACAGCGAGAGCUGGGAAAGCCACACAACCUGCCAGCACUGCUACCGACAGUAUAUGACUCCGUUCCAGCUGCAGUGCCACAUCGAGAGCGCCCACAGCCCAAUCGAAUCCUCAACCAACUGCAAAAUAUGUGAGCUGGCGUUUGAGUCGGAGCAAGUGCUCCUGGAACACAUGAAGGACAACCACAAGCCCGGGGAAAUGCCUUACGUCUGCCAGGUGUGCAAUUACAGGUCCUCUUUCUUCUCUGAUGUGGAGACACAUUUCCGAACAGCCCAUGAAAACACAAAAGACCUGCUCUGUCCCUUCUGUCUCAAAGUUCUUAGAAGUAGCCACAUGUAUAUGCAGCACUACAUGAAACAUCAGAAAAAAGGGAUCCAUCGCUGUGGAAAAUGCAGACUGAAUUUCCUCACCUACAAGGAGAAACUGGAGCACAGGACUCAUGUCCACAAGACUUUCAGAAAACCUAAAGCCCUGGAGGGUCUUCCUCCGGGUACAAAGGUGACCAUUCGAGCCUCCCUCACAGGAAAGACGCCCGUACUGCCCACUUCCCCUGAUCGAUCCGGUUUCACCGUCACUCCAGAAACACUAAGUUUCAGUCAGCAAACCAGAUCUCCAGUCUGUGUAUCCAAGGCUAAGUUGAACAUCUCUGGAGCAGGAAAAGCCAAGAUGAAUCAGAGCAAGAAACAAGAUGGCCGAACUACCAAGCACAACCUGGCACUGAGGAACCUCAGAGUCAACGGAGGAUGCUACACGUGCAUUGAGUGCAAUGCACAAGUUGACAACUUCUUUUCUCACUUCCCAAUGGUUUCGAAUUGUGGUGCAUGCAAAUAUCGGACAAGUUGCAAAGUUUCCAUUGGGAAUCAUAUGAUAAGAUUUCAUAGUACCAUCACCAAAAAUAGAUUUUUGAAAAUGGAUCAUAAGAAAAAUGCAUCCACAUUAAAAUUCACUCUGGUCUGUCUCAACUGCGACCUCCUCGUGGACGCAUCAGGUGGUGACCUGAUGACCAAACAUUUAACCGAUCGACCAAAUCACAUAUGCAAAGUCAUUCAGGAGAAAGCAGAUAUCAAAGCCAAAGAUCGAGUGCAUCUCGUCUUGGGGCAGCCAGCAAAAGUUUUGUACCUCCUGACAUCAGCACCUGCUCAAAGACCAAAGGAUACAGACUUGAAACUAGUUGAAAGUGUCACAUCUGGAAGUGUUACUGUCGCUACCGUUGAUCAGCCAGAUUCAAAGCCCAUGUUACCAGCAGGUGAUCAGGAAAAGGGAUCCACAGAUACAAGUGUCAAUGAAGGUUCCUUCAAAGGAGAACUAAAGCAGUCGUUGCUUCCCGCUCCAUCGUCUGCCUGUACAUCAGAUGGGGUUUUAGAUCUCGGUGCUGAAUCAGUGGUUAAGUCAGACAGUCCAGAUGUUGCAGAGCAGCUCUCUGCCACAGAGAUUGUCCCUGAGAAUGUCACAGAGGAACAGCAAACUAAACCUGAAUGAAGCUGUACAUCAACUAAACAAUGCACAUGAAAAACGAGAGGUCUGCACAGUUAUGAACUUAAAAAUAACAGCAACAUCUGCCAGACCUCGGCAUUUCUUUUACAGAUAACUAUAUGAUGAUGUUGCUUUGGCUGCUGGUAUUUGCUAAUAAUCCCCUCAAGAUUCAUGUGUUUGGCAAGUCAGUUAAAACAAUUGGAAAAAUAUUUUUUCACAAACAUCCAUUGCCAAGGUAUGAUUGUAAUUAUAAAUAAAUAAAAGUGCACCCUUUACUGGUUUAUUUGGCCUGUCAACUAUAUUGUUGGAAAAUUUGCAAACAUCAGAAAUAUUAUUAUGCAUCUUUAAUGAUUCCAGACCUCACAGUGUUGGUUUUUCAUUCAACUUGAAUUUUUUUUGUAUUUCUGAAAAGUUCCAAAAACCUGUUUGAUGUUAUCAUUAAGGAAAAACCCAUCUGUCAUAAGGAGGACAGUGUUUGGCUCAGCUCCCGAAACCCAGUGUCUGUUUUUGAUUUGCUUUACUGAAAAAUGUGAACACGUUUGUCCAUGAUCUGAUUCUAAAACUCCAGACUUCCUGGAAAAACAGUGGCACAAAAUAAACAUGCUCACGUUCUCUCUAAUGAUCUGUUGAUAUAGUUUACAGUUCAGUUUGAUUCCCAUUUCUAUCAAAGACUGUUUUGCACAGGUAUCUUCAUUUAAGACGUUUUAGAUUUUUAUUGUCCUUUAAUCUGUGCGUUUCUGUCAUUGUAUAGUGUGUAAAUUGUUUUUUGAAAUGUAAUCUGCAAGCUGCUCCCUUUAUAUUGAAUUUGUGGUCACUAAACCAACAACAGAAACAUCACUGAAGUAUAUACAAUGUUUACAACAAAAAAAAAUCCUGAUUUGUGGCAGAAAUAUUGGUCUAUAAUUAAUAUGGAACUAUAUAUUGUUAAAAGUUUAAGUAUGAAUAUAUCAGAUUCUUUAAUAACUUCUAUCUCAGCACACAAAAAGUGGCUUUAAACCAUUAAGAAAUAUAGUAGUACGUAUUAGCAUAAAAUUUUAUUCCCUAAGAAAAAGAAUGUAAGCUUUCUGAAAUGUGUUGCUUUGAUAAAGCAGAAAAAUGGCAUUAAAGGAGGAAGGGAGCACUGGGUGGAAAAUGACCACAACUAUUUGAGGAAUGAGCAAAUUGAUAGCUGUAUACCACUGUAUCCAAGUAGAUUUUAUUAUCUUACGUUUAACUGCCAGCUUGUUAAAGAAACGUGUACAUGUCAGCUUGAGCACAGGUACUCAGCACGUCAACGUGAUUAAAUCUGUCAAGCAAUUUUUACGUCCCGGCUGCUGGCUGAUUAAGUUGCCUUUUAUUUUGCAUUUACUGAAAAAAGGCAAAUUCCCUGCGGCUUCUGGGAAUGUUUUAUACCAUGCUAUUUGUUUACUUCGUGUGGCUUAAAAUAGCAAAAGUCAUUGUUGACGUCAUUGGUUUUUAAAAAGGGUUUUCACUUGUACAUACAGCAUCUGUAGCGCAAGUCUGUAAAUGCAUCUAUGUCUAUGAUGGCACUGUAAAUGUAACCCCCUGAGUCUGUUUUGAAUACAUUCCUCUAAACAUAUUGGGACACAUUUUCCUCAGAGAUCUAUAAACUUACUGGGUUUGGAUCAGUGUUUUUUCUUUUGUUAUGUAAAUAAAACUUUAAUACUAAGA